AUGGCUGCGUCAACGCUAUUCUCCCCGCGUGCGAACUCUGGAAAGAUGUUCUUCCUGACUAUGAAGAUCGAAGAUCCUAGAGUUAGAGGUGUUCUCUUGAAUCGGAUCUCUGCGUCGGUGGAUAACUGGGGGAGUGCCUCAGCGCGCUGUGUCCGAGUGUGGUCCAUAGGGUAUUGCGGCGGGGGCGAGUUUUGGAUGAGGAGCUGUCUCGGACAGUGA